AUGCUCACGUUCACUGGGCUCCUAAUCACGGCCAAUUUUCUCCUCAGCGUAGUGAUACUAACGUUAUUCACCAUCAACCGUGAUGGCUUCUUUGCAAUCUCGCUACUCGGAGAGAUCUCAGCUGACUCUCUUGCUGCUGUGGGGGAGAGAUAUAAUCUGGUCCAUAUCAACACAAAUUAUAUUCUUCAGGGACUCGCAUAUUAUGCUGGGAGGCACAAGAUCAGUGUGGACGACAACAGGCUUCGGUACUUGAUGUCUUCAUUUGAUAGAGCAUGCACCUUCACGCUUACAAGGGAUACGUUUGUGCUCAGUUGCGGUGACCACCCCAUCGCUCAAAAAGCCCUUAGAGACCAGAUGACACUGAUGAGUACAGAAAUGGAAUGCUUGAAGAACAGUCAAGCCUUGUAUACAUAUUCCAAGGGGCUUGUUGCUGCACUUUCGCAACAGGCUAAGCGUGCGGGUUACAAAGGCGUUCUUUGCACCGGGGUCCUUUGCAGCUCGCAGACUAUCCUGCGUAGUGAUCUAAUCUUAUACCUUGACUAUGGCCGUGAUUCUGAUAGCAAGCGAGAACGUAGCGAGAUGGUUCUUCCACCAGGGGCUAUAUUUAUUGCCGGAGAAACAGAGGCGCAGGUUCUGGGCCGGAUUUUCGAUGAAUUGAACCGAUCCAAGGCAGUGAGGCGGGAAAAAAUGCGUAGAUUUACAGUGAUACACCCCCGGAUGGCAUCUCACAUACACUAG